AUGGACCAACAAUUAAUUGAUCUUCUCGUCGAAGUCCCAGGGAAAGGACCAUUAAUCAUUGCAGCUCCAUCUACUUUAGACGAGCUACUCUUAUUGAUUUCUCAAUACUCUUCAUAUCAAAAAAACGAUAUUUCUAUCCUUUACAAGCGAAAAGAAACUUGGUUUGGAAUCAUAGACCAAGCCACUUAUUCAUCAAUUCUCAAACGUGCACAAUCAGCAAGCCAAUCUGAGAUCGAAAUUAAAGUAGAAAUCAGUGCUUCUGCUCCUCAAAAUCAAUUAGAAGAGCUAAAAACUGAAGUCAGCUGGGAAAUCAUGUCAAAUGUCCCUGCUCCAGCAGUAUCAGUACCUGAAACUUUGAAUGAGUCUGAAGCUACUCCGCUUAUUCAAUAUCGCUACUUAAAUAGUGCUGACCCAGAAACAUUUAAUCAGCUAAGAAUCCCAGCCUUAGAUAUCACGCUAGAAGACCUAUCAAAUUUAGUUUUACAGCUUGAAAACAAGCCUCCUGCAGAUUUUAUUUGUGCAUUUUACAGCGAAGAUGGAUGUCCUUUGUAUGGAAGCUUGUCUCAGAUGCCGUUUAUUAAAUGCAAUGAAGUAAUACCUGGAUCCUGCAAACUUAAUGUGAUGAUUGUGCCCAAUUUUGAUGUAAAAUCUCUCCCUUCAAAAGAUCCUAAUGAAGGUUCUGACACUGUGAUUUUCCAAUCCAGCGCUGAUUUGACUAAAACUUUUACUGUAAAAGUGAACUUAUCGACUACCACAAUCCAGGACCUAAAGCAAAAGCUUUAUUCCUUAACCUUAAUCCCUACUUUUGAGGCUAAAUUCAAAUCCAAUGAUAUUUUCCUAACAAAUGAUACCUUUACACUAUCAUCUUACAAUAUAAAUCAAAAUCAGACUAUUAUUUAUUGGAAAGAAAGCUAUGAUUACACUACAAGGACUUAUAAACCUAUUCUAAAACGCACUGUUGAGCAAACCAUUGAUGGAAUUAAGCUAUUUCAUUCCUUUUUAUAUUGCUUUUCUAAUGUGAUUGGAACUUGUGAAAAGCCUACCCGUGAAGCCAUUUUAGGCAUGAUAAGGCAAGCGUCUCAAAAUAACACCCCACUUUUGCAUGCUUUAUAUGAGCUUAGUAUAGGCAAAAAUAUGAGUUUAUUAGAUUCAAUUGCUUUAGAAGAAGGCUUUAUUUUCAUUAUUAGCCAUUUAGUAAAAGAAUUAAAUGCAACUGACAAGGUAUCAAACGAUAAACUAUUUGAAAAUUGUUUAGAAGUGAUAGGAUUAUUAUGCGAAAUCGGCUGUAAACCAACUGAAGAGUACUCAAGAGAUGAGACUUAUUUAGAAUAUGAUACAAUCUGCCCAUUAUCACUGGUAGAACUAAAAAAUCCUGUAUGCUUAAGAAAAAUUGAUGGGACAUAUGCCUAUUAUGAGCAUGAAGCUGUGCUGAAAAGAGCCCAGGAACAUACAGAAAUUGUUGGUGUCGGACUAGUUAAAGAGUCACAAAUAAAAAUUUCCAAAGAUUUUGUGUACCCUGUAAAGCGAGCUAUUUAUAACGAAAAAGAAUCUAUAAUUCUCUGAACUGGGACCUUUGAUCGCAGCAACACUUUUCCUAACAUCAUAAGAGCUUCUUUCCCACAAGGCCUUGUAUGGGAUCAAUUACUCCAAAUUAAGAAAAAUUACAAGCUUUCCAAAAUUCACUCAGCUUUAUCCUUAAAAAGUUCAGAAACCCGCCAUUGCAUAACCCUUGACAAAAAUAAAGAAAUUGUGGUAAACAGAGGAUUAUCACCUAAAGAGCCAAAUACUGUAGAAUUAAUGAACAUUUUGACAAGAGAUGUUUCGAAAUAUGAUAUUGACGAUAUGGCAAGCAUUAUAGAAAGGAUAAGCAGAGAUGACCCUGCAAUCGAAACAAUUACAAGACCUCCAGACGAAACUAUUAUUGUGAUUUUUGAUAAAAGUGGAUCAAUGGGAACCACAUUUGGACCUGAAGGGGAAUAUACCAGACUUGAUGCCACAAAACAGUUUUUCGAAUCUUUUGCUGAUAGGACCGUUGGUUAUAAUCUUAACCAUGUUAUGUCUUUAUUCCUUUUCAGCACAACUAUAGAUAGAGCUUGUGGAUUUACUGAAAAUAUUUCGACAUUUACAGCAGUUGCCCAUCAGUCAAAACAUUCAGGCGGGACUAAACUGUGGGACGCUAUAUAUGAAGCAAUCCAGUCACUUGUAGAAUUUAAGGUGAAAUACCCUAACACUCAUCUGAGGAUUUUAUGUUUAAGUGAUGGAGAAGAUACAUCGUCAACCCAUGGCUAUUUACAAGUAGCACAACAGCUGAUUGCAAAUAAUGUGAUUAUGGACAGUGUUGUUGUUGGCGACCUUUCUCAGAAUUUGAAAGCUAUUUCUUAUGCAUCUGGUGGCUAUGUCUUUUUACCAGCAACUUUGCAAGAUGGAAUCAAGCUGUUUGAAAGUGAGACGUUGCUGUCAGUGAGAAAUAGAAAAUCUAUAGUAAAAUGUAUGGUAAAUACUGAUAAUGAUUUAGAGCCUUUAAGGAGAAAAGAGAUUAAUAACCAGCAGCCUGCGAUGGCAGCUCCAGCUGAAAUUUCUCAAGGUGCUGUGACUGCUGAACAAGCUUUGAAAAAAAUGGCUGCUUCUCCUCCUGCACCACAAGGUAAAAGUGGCUCUGCAGGGUGCGUUAAAAGAAUAAUGAAAGAGCUUCAAAACAUUUCUACCAACCCUCAUGAAAAUAUUGUGGUUCUCCCAAAUGAUAAUGAUAUAAUGUUUUGGAAUUUAUAUUAUGAUAUAUUAAUUGUGGUAUUUAGGAAAUUAUUAUAUAGGUAUAAUUAUAAUAAAAUAGAAAUGAAUUGCAAGCAUAUUUUUAAUAAAGCAGUAUAUAUAUUGAAGGGCCUGAGCAGACUCCUUAUGAAGGAGGCCUUUUCCAAGCCUUUGCAAGAUUUCCUAAUGAUUACCCCUUCAAGCCUCCUACUAUUAAAUUUGUGACUCCUAUAUACCACUGCAACAUAAACUCUACAGGAUCUAUCUGCCACUCUAUUUUGAAUCAGUUUUAUUCACCUGCUGUUACUGUAAGACAUAUGCUGGACUGUAUAUAUGGGCUGCUUAUGACUCCAGAGCCUAUGGAUCCUCUUGAUGCUUAUAUUGCGGCUGAAAUUAAAGAUGAUUAUGAACUAUAUAUAUCAAAAUGCAGAGAACAUAUACAGUUGCAUGCUAGCAAAUCCUUUGAAGAGCUAACUGGAAUGAAAAAGCCUGUAACUCCCCCCCUCCGUGAGUGAACAAAAAAAUUUUGUUCACUCACGGAGGGGGGUUAAUUUUUUUUUUUUUAAAAAAAUUUAUAUAUAAAUUUUUCUAAAAAUUUUUUUUUUGAAAUUUAAAAAAAUCCUAAUUUGCAAAAAUUUGAAAGCAAAUAUUAAUUUAAUUUAUAAAAUUUAUGUUUUAAAAUGCAAUUCAUUCAAAAUUAAACAGAAUUAGCUCUAGAUUUCAUUAUAUUAAUUAUCAUUUAUAUAUCAAAAUUUUUUUCCAUAAAAAAAUUUUUGUAUUAAAACAAUUUUUGUUCACUCACGGAGGGUGGGUUUUUGGGCAAAAAAUGGCGAUUUUUCUAAUGGUUUUGUUCACUCACGGGGGGGGGGAGUAAGUGGAACAGUCAUCCCUGAAGAGUUUUUAGACCCGAUUUCGAAAAGGAUUAUGAGUGACCCUGUUAUAAUUCAUGGGAAAACAUAUGAAAGAAGUGAAAUUGAAAGGGUGAUUGGCCAGACUGGAAAUUAAAAUAUAGCGUCUUCGUCUGGGCAUGGCCGGGAGGCCAUGCAGCCUCAACUCAUAUUUUAAUUAUAUCUGGCAAGGUUUUACCAUUUCAGAGAUGGACAGCAAUGCAGGGCAAGCAAUUCUGGUUGUGUUCAGAGCCUAGCCCUAGUCUAAUCUCAGAGAUGGAUUUUUCCUCGUGGGGAAGGAGGGCACGGAAGUUGGAAAGGGGAAGCUCAGCAGAGUCCUUUUUGACCAUUCGGCAACUCCUUAGCGUGACACAUAGCGUUACGUCCCAGGCUACGUGUUUUUCCUUUUUGCCGAUAGCCGACCAGAAAAUCCAUUUUUUUGGGUUUUCGGAAAAGCAACCCAUGUAUGCAAGCAAGUAGCUCAUCCAUGAGCUAUCGAUGCCGGCAACACUUGCCCUAGGAGCACCUUGGUGAUCGAAGCAGGUCGUCUCCAGCGAACUUGUGGGCCCGAUGCGACGAAAGGCAAGCGGUAGGCCGACCCCGUAGUGGACGUUAAGCGGUAUAAAUUUAAUGUAAUGAUUGACCAGACUGGAAAAGAUCCUGAUGGCAAUGAAGCAAAUAAGGCUGAUUUAGUCCAAAAUGCUGGACUCUUGCAAAGAAUUGAUGAAUUUAAACAAGCCCAUCCUUAA